AUGGCGGCCUCCGUGGUGGAAAGUGGUGAAGAUGCAUUUAGGAAAAUCUUCAAGUUUUACAGGAGAAGAAACCCUCCGCCAGAUUUCAGCGAUGUGAUUGAUUUCUCCAGAAGUUUGCCGAAUGACAAGGUGACGGAAAUGUGACAGUGAGAGGAAAGACUGCGAGAAUUACGUGACUGAUUUAGACAGACAGUGAUGUAAAACCCUCUCGAAUCUGAAUAAACUUUUUCUACAGCUUGAUCAUAUUCAAAUGGUCGCAUAGUUGUUAAAGGGGCUGUAUGAACAAGUCUGUCAGUCCACAAAGUUUAUUUUAAUUAAGGAGGAGGACCUGCUGAGACCUGGAUGUUGUAUUCUUACUGUAUCUGUCUCUUUGUGUGGUUGACAGAUAGUUCCUGCUGAUCUGGAUCCUUCUGCACUGACUGAUGUGGAGGCUGCACAGGUUGGACUGCAGCCUGUCAGAGACUGGAGAGCCUUCGGACUGCGGGGCUACCCAGGUGAGUGCAGGUAGACCAGAGAGAGAAACUUCAACAUUAAAAGUAUACAUCUGACAGUCUGAAUAUCUGCCUUUUAUCUAUCUUUAAUCCUGUGGUCAAAAAAUUAAUUCACAAGUUAAAUGUUUCACUAGCAGACAUGUUGAUGACAAAAAAGGAGGAAAAUGCAUCCUCAGAGGCUUCUGUGUUUCUCAGGUUUCAUCUUCAUCUCUAACCCGUUCCUCCUGGGCUCCCAGUCUUUCUGGGUCAAACAGUGUCUGAAAACCUACCCUCAGAAGCCCAACGUCUGUAACCUGGACAUGCACAUGUCUCCGUCUGAAACUCAGGACAUCUGGGGAAAGAGUGUGCAUGGUUUCAGGUGAGACAAGCUGUCCUCUGAAAGGUCUGAUCCGUCUAAACUCAGCCAGUUAGCCAUCAUUGAUCUUAACUAUAAAGAUGUCAUGACUGAUCUUAACAGACCUCUUCAUGUUAUUUUACCAUAUUUAAUGUGGCUGAUAAAGUAUGAACAGCUUAGAUUGUUUUGUUUUUUUAAAGAAAUUUUGGCUCUCUCAUACUUUGUUGAGAGAAAAGGAAAGUGGGGUCAAAAAAGGGAUGAGAGAGGGCAGCAGAUGAGGUGCAGCAAUUGGCCAGAGUCAAGAAGGCUGUCAUUCCAAGGACUUCAGCCUCUGCAGAAAGCAUGUUUGAUCUAACCAAUAAGCUAAACUGUUGAAGCUGUAGCAGAUUUAUUUCAUGUAACUGGACGUCUUUGUAAAUGUACUUUGUGUUCGAUUCCCUCCUUAGAAAUUCCUCUGGAAAGAGAGAACCAAAAACUCUUCUGGAGAGGCUGCGCUGGGUCACUCUGGGUUAUCAUUACAACUGGGACACAAAGGUGAGCUGAUAUCAAUCUGCUGUAAUCAAAGAGACUGUAGCUUCAGGUUAACUGAUGUUGAGAUGCAUACACAGAUAGUAAUAAUAUUAUGGUCAACAUAUACAGCACAUCAGUAUGUAAGUCUGUUCAACGACUUCAAAUUUGUCCAACAUUUUUAUGUAUUUUGUUGUUAAGUUCUCUUGUGGGAAGUCUAUGUUUGUUAAGACAAACCCCUCAAAAUCUGGGAUCCUAACAGAAACCACUUAUUUUAAGUUUAAAAGUUUCAAAAGGAGGCAGCACAUCUAAUGUUCCAAUUUAUGGAGGACAAAAAGUUGACAUUUCACCAGUUUAUUUGGCUUACAUCACAAAAACAAACGCUUAUGCAUUUAGGCACAGGGCCUUCAUAAGAGGAUUUACCUUAUUCAAAGGAGAGCAGUCACUAAAAGUUACAAUAAUGAGGUCAAGGUUUCUAUUUGUCAUCAAAUUUUAUCAUAUAGGACUUCAUGUUAUGUAUAUAAAUGUAUAAAAGACAGAGUCGUUGGCUUAAAGUUGAUAAAAAUGUAAGUCAAUUCAAAUGUCGAGCCCUGUGGCACACCACAUCAGAUUUGUUUUUGGUUGUUAUGUGCAGUUAAACCUUGUCUUAUGCUUCUUUUAACCUUUCUUUCCUGGCUUUCUUUUAUUUUCAUUCAGGGCAUCAUAUGCCAGGAUAAUGAGAAAAAGUUGUUUCACCCCUUUUUAACUGAAAUUUUAGAUUCCUAAAUUAAGCCCUAAGAUCAUUGUAAGAAAAUGUUAGGGUUUUAAAGGUGACUGAUGACCCAUCUGUCUGAAAUACCCUUAUGCAGUAAAUAAAUAAUUGCCGAACCUUAAGUUUUGAGAUGAUGUUUUAUAUUUAUGGACAGCCUGUUAGAACAUGCGGUAUCUCCUUUACUCAUUUUACUCGCGUAAGUUCGGAUCUUUUCUCUUGUGUCAUUCACAGACUUACUCUGAAAACCAUCACACUCCUUUCCCCACUGAUCUCCACUCCCUGUCCUCUAAAGUCACGGCAGCCUGUGGGUUCCCGGGGUUCAUCGCCGAGGCUGGAAUCCUGAACUUCUACAGAUCUGAUUCAUCUCUGGGGAUUCAUGUGGACGAAUCUGAGUUGGAUCACAGCCGACCACUGCUCUCAUUCAGGUUUGAUCUAUUAUUUUAUUUAUAACUGUCAUGAUUUAUUUAAGUUUGGGAGGGGGGUCAUACUUAUUUUGUGUUUCAUUUCACUCAUAAAUAACAUUCAAAGUGAAAACAGACUUGACUUGUUUAUGCUGUUACUGCGGAAAAAUGAUCCUUUUCCUCUCCUCUCAUAGUUUCGGUCAGUCAGCCAUCUUCCUCCUGGGAGGGACCCACAGACAGGACCCUCCUACAGCCAUGUACAUGCACAGCGGGGACAUGAUGCUAAUGUCAGGACAGAGCCGCCUCCUUUACCAUGCUGUCCCCCGUAUCCUUCCAGCACCUGAGGGACACACCGCGUCAAAAAUGGAUCCCUGUAGCCCUAUUUCCCUCCUGCAGGACAGCCCUGUGAUGGAGACAGUGUCAGAGGAGGACUGGAGGGUGUGCUCCAGGUACAUCCAGAGCUCCAGAGUGAAUGUGACUGUCAGGCAGGUGCUAGGGCCGGGGCAGAGCUUCCCCGAAACCCCCUCUCCUCCCCAAAGAACUGAAGCAGGACAGACAGGAGGGUACCAUGAAGGAGAUGGAGAUCAAGACAGCGGAAAGAGGAAGAGGAGUAGUAGCUGUGACUCUGCUGAUGCUGUUGAGACAUGA